AUGGUUCUUUUCAAUAUGAAGGCGAUUGCUUACCGUGAGAAGAUGCAUAAUGAGCCUGAAGUGACCAAGAAGAAGAUGUACCGUUUCUUCUACUUCGGUGGGCAUCUUGGGCUGUACGUCAUCGUGUCCACAUUGGUGCUCACUGGAGCCGCGAUUAUACUUCACAACGUCUAUUUAUACAACAAAAUCAGAAACUCGAUGAGGAAAGACUGUGAUAUCGUCGGAUAUAUCGAUACACUGAUUCGCCUGGAGACGCUAGCUGGUGGCGUAGUUCUCCUGUGGCUAGUGAGGAUUGUCUUCGACGUUGUGAUUGUACUCUUGGCAGACUAUCGUCGACUGCUUCCGUGGAUAGCCGGCAAUGACCCGCAACCGCUCAGAGACAACCAA